AUGGCUGCCCAGGUGCCGAAGCUGGAGCCGCCGGUGCUGGCGGAGCUGUCGCAGGAGCUGCAGCGAUUCCAGGUGGGCGACCAGCAGCUUUGGGAGGCGCUGGUCCAGGACACGGCACGGAGGCCGCAGGAGUUGAAGCCGCUGGACAUCGUCUACCUCCUGGACGCUUUCCGGCGGGCGUUGAGUUUCGGAGUCCGCCCCGCGCCGGCCCUGGAGGCCACGUGCCAGCGCAUCAUGGAGUGCUAUCAGGACUUCAACUCGAAGCAGUGCACUGGCGCCCUGGGCUCCGUGUGCCGCCUGAGUGGGCACAUCGAUAGCUCCCAGCAGUACAAGGUGAUGCACCUUCUGCUCGGCCAGUGGCUGGCUUCCCAGCCUGCGAAGUGGGAAACCACGCCCUCGAACCAGGUGAUCUCCGUGGCGGUGUCGCUGAGCGGCCUCGGGGUGUUGAGCGACAGGACAGAGACCUUCCUGGCUGCGGCGUCCAGCUGGGCAUUGCGCUGGGGAGCGCCGGAGGGUGGUGCUUUGUCGGCAGAGGAUUUGGUGGUGCUGCUCUGGUCUCUGAAGGAGAUGACGCCCUUGGGGCUGGCCAGAUACCGGGAGUUGGUCCAGCUCUCCUUGGUCCGGAUACGGGCGGCGGCGACCUACGAGGACUGGACACUGGUACGACAGGGGCAGGCCUUGGAGGUCUUGCUGAGCGCAAAGCACGCUCUGGUGGAAGAUGGUGCCGACCUUGCGGUGGCCGAGGAGCUUCUGCUGGGCAUCGAGGCCCCCAUGACCGCCGCGCUCUCGAAGCAGCUGGCACAGGCGCCCUGCAGUUUCCUCGCCAAGGUGCUGGCCACCGGAGAGCAGGGUGGGACAGACUUCUGGUUGCGCUGUUCCGGCCUCACGGAGGCGGCCGGUGGCCCAGCGGAGCUUUGCUUGACUUGUGAUCGACACUUUUUCGGCUUUGGGGCAUUCGGCUUGGCCAUGCCGCAGCCUGUGAGCACCGUGCGGAUUGUGGGCUAUGGCAUGACGGCUUUGGGGAAGCUGCGGCGCAGCGCCACGGAGUUGAUGCAGGAGGCGCUGCAGAAGGCGCUGCAGUCCACGGGUCUGCAGAUGAAGGACCUGGAUGGCCUGGUGGCGGUGCCUUCUCUGUCGCACCCGCACUUUAUGGAGGCGCACUUCCUGGCAACCCAGGUGGGUCUCCUGCCGCGGCAGAACGUCCGGGUGCGAACCAUCGACACGGGCGGGGCGGGGCCGGUGAGUGGCUUGCUGGAGGCCGUGCGCAUGGUGAAGGCGGAGCGGUGCCAGGCGGUGGCGGUGGUGGCGGGGGACGCGGUGAGCUCCCUGGCCACCGCGGACUUCCUGGCCCGCGCGGACCAGGGCUGCCGGGACCCACAGGGCCUGCUUCCCUCGCCGUGUAUCCCCAACGGCUAUGACCAGGUGGCGCGGUGGCAGAUGGGUCGCUCAGUGAGCCGGGAGCAGCUGGCCAUGGUCUCCGUGCUGAUGUCCCGUCAGGCGCAGCGGCAUCCCUUGGCGCUCACCAAGCGGCCCCACUCCUUGGAGGAUGUGCUGUCCUCCAGGAGCAUUGCACCGGCCACCAAUCUUCUGGAGUGCGCCCGGCGGGCCGACGGGGGCGCCGCGAUCAUCGUCGCCAGCAGCAGCUUCAUGGACCAUCACCUGGGGCACGACGUGGUCAGCAGCAAGGACGGGGCGGUGAGCGAGCGCUUGGGCCCCGUGGCGGCCUCCGGGGGCGUGGUGGUCCUGGGGGGCGGCGAGGCCAGCGGGCCGCUCUUCCCGCCCAGAGACAUCGACGAGGCGAUGUUCAGCUGCGAGGCCGCGGCCCAGUCGGCCUUCUCCGAGGCCCAGCUGCUGCCGGGGGACGUCGAUUGGUUCGGGCUCUAUGACUGCUACCCGGUGUGCUUCGUGCGCGCGCUGGAAGCCUGCGGGGUGGCAGCCAAAGGCCAGGGUGGCCAAUGGGUGGAGCAGAUGUUCAAGCGGACGCAGUCGGAGUACCAGCCGGCGGACUUCCCCAUCAACACCCACGGCGGGCUUUUGGCCUUCGGAGCACCUUGGGAGGUGCCGGCGAUGUACAACAUCAUAGAAGCCUGCGAGCAGCUCACGGGCGCCGCGGGGCCGCGCCAGGUGCCGCGGGUGCGGCGGGCGCUGGUGUACGGAAACGGCGGCAUAUUUUCCCAUAGCUCGGUCGCCAUUCUCGCCAAGCCCGUCGACUGA